AGAGACCUCCCUCCCGCCCCUCCCGCCCGCCUCCCUCCCCUCGCCGCCGCCGCCGCCAGCAUCUGGGACCGGCCGAUUCUGCACCUCCGUCCGCCGCUGCCCUUUGAUUCGGAUUUCCAUCUUGCAUUCUCCGGCGGACCGCGGGACCCGGCUCGUGCGGAGGAGGGGGGCCGAUCGCUAUGGAGUAUUUUAUGGUGCCCACUCAGAAGGUGCCCUCUUUGCAACAUUUCAGGAAAACAGAGAAAGAAGUGAUAGGAGGGCUCUGUAGCCUUGCCAACAUUCCACUGACCCCUGAGACUCAGAGGGACCAGGAGCGGCGGAUUCGGCGGGAGAUCGCCAACAGCAACGAGCGGAGGCGCAUGCAGAGCAUCAACGCGGGCUUCCAGUCCCUCAAGACCCUCAUCCCCCACACAGAUGGAGAGAAGCUCAGCAAGGCAGCCAUUCUCCAGCAGACAGCUGAGUACAUCUUCUCCCUGGAGCAGGAGAAGACCAGGCUCCUGCAGCAGAACACGCAGCUCAAGCGCUUUAUCCAGGAGCUGAGCGGCUCGUCCCCUAAGCGGCGGCGGGCGGAAGACAAGGAUGAGGGCAUUGGCUCGCCGGACAUCUGGGAGGAUGAGAAGGCGGAAGACCUGCGGCGGGAGAUGAUUGAGCUGCGGCAGCAGCUGGACAAGGAGCGCUCAGUGCGCAUGAUGCUGGAAGAGCAGGUGCGCUCGCUGGAGGCCCACAUGUACCCGGAAAAGCUCAAGGUGAUCGCACAGCAGGUGCAGCUGCAGCAGCAGCAGGAGCAGGUGCGGCUACUGCACCAGGAGAAGCUAGAGCGAGAACAGCAGCACCUGCGGACCCAGCUCCUGCCCACUCCAGCCCCCACCCACCACCCCACGGUGAUUGUGCCGGCGCCGCCGCCCCCUCCCUCCCACCACAUCAACGUUGUCACCAUGGGCCCCUCCUCGGUCAUCAACUCUGUCUCCACGUCGCGGCAAAAUCUGGACACCAUUGUGCAGGCGAUCCAGCACAUCGAGGGCACCCAGGAAAGGCAGGAGCAGGAGGAGGAGCAGCGGCGGGCGGUCAUCGUGAAGCCGGUCCGCAGCUGCCCCGAGGCGCACGCCUCCGACACCGCCUCCGACUCGGAGGCCUCGGACAGCGACGCCAUGGACCAGGGCCGGGAGGAGCCGGCGGGGAGCGGGGGGCUUCCCUGACCACCCUCAGCCCUCCUCUCCCGUCUGGGGGCUGGAGGGGGCCAGGGCAGCAACAGGGAGAAACGCGGGCGCACGACUGAGGAAUUUUUACAAAAUUACGACGUCAUUUGGGUCUCUUUUAUGACCUCUUUUUCAAUACUGUAAAUCGACCUUUGAGUGAUGCCACCCAACCCGAGGUCCCGGAGGCUGGGGUGGCAGGAGCGCGUGGGAGCGCCGGGACACCUGGGGCUGGGCCUCCGCCCGGGCUGGGGGAGCUGACGCUGGGGUGCCUGGCCCCUCUCCGACAAAAAGCAUUUUUUCAUUUAAACAUGUUUUUAAGAACAGGGGAAAUCAAACAAAACCCCAAGGUAUUUCUGCCCUCCCCAGAGCCAGUCCUAUGACCGUCAGUUUUUAACUCCCCUCCCCCUCCUCUUUUUGGGUUUCUUCUUUCUCCUUUAAGCACUUACCUGGGUGGGGGUCUGGUUGGGUUGGGGGUCCGGGGGGUCUACUUUGCUUCUCGGUUGGGAUUUGCUGCUGCCCUUCUCCCCUCCCCACCCGUCUCAGCACUAGGAUUCGCCACUCUCCACCGCCACCCAGCCCCCACCUCUCCCUCCAGUGUCCCAUCUUCAACUCCCAAAAAUGUCUUUGUCUCUCUCGUUUUGUUUGUUGUUGGUUUUUUUUUUGGAUUUGUUUUUUGUUUUACAAUUUUGAGGUCUUUGUGUUCAAGGAGAAGCUAUUAUAUUUUGUUAAGAAAGUGGGGGGAAAAAAACCAAGAGGCCACUGUGCCUUUAUAAAGAAACAAAAUAAAGUUUGUACUUUGUUUUUUA